AUUUUAAUUUUUUUUCAACGUUUAAAAAUGAAGGGAUAUUGCAACAUGACUGAAUUGGCUUUAUUUGGAUUGGUAAUACUUUUUGUUGGGCAGAUGUCAGUUUUGGGUGCUAACAGUGCCAACAGAAACUCUCUGCUUAUGAGCGGUCCCUGGGCGUUGAAUUCCUGGUCAGACGCCGACCCAAACUUUUUACGGUUUGGCAGAUCUGCCGCAUCAAAUGAAGAAGGAAUUAAACGUGCUGCUGGACAAUCUGCAAAUUUUCUUAGAUUUGGAAGAUCAGCCCCAUAUGACCCAAAUUUUUUGCGAUUUGGAAGACAAUUGGGCAACCAACAACAACACAAUAAGGGUUUAGUCGACCAAAGUUAUCUUCGAUUUGGCCGAAGUAGUGGAGGGAAUAAAGGAAAUAAUUUUUUAAGAUUUGGAAGAGGAGCUGAAGAUAUUCCAUCAGAAGCUGAAGCCUUUGAAAGAGAAUAUCGACAAUCUAAUAACCCAAACUUUCUUCGUUUUGGUUAA